AUGGAUAUCACAGGUUGCGCUUUUGUGAUUGGAGGCUGUGGCAUUGGACGCAGCUGUGCCAUCGCCUUCGCCAAGUAUGGAGCCCGCAGUCUCACGCUUACCGAUCUCAAUCUCGAAGCUGCCCAAGCUGUCGCCAGACAAUGCCAAUCACAUUCCACCAAUCCCGAUUUCAGUGCAGAAAGCGUGGUGGUUGAUGUUACACAAGAGAAGUCGGUUCAGGCAGCUAUGGAUCAUGCAGUUAGGUCCUUUGGCCGCAUUGAUUACUGCGUGAAUAGCGCUGGGGUGGGGGUCAAGACUGCGAGUGAGACGGCGGAAACUGAUAUUGAGGAAUUCAAGAACAUGCUGGAGGUGAACGCAACGGGGACCUUCCUUGUGACACGCACCAUGUCAGCAAUCAUGAAAAGUCAGGAAUUGUGCCCCGUCGAUGCAUUUUCACCCGGUCGCGGAAGCACCCGUGGCAGCAUUGUUAAUCUAGGAUCAGCAUCAUCCUUUGUGGCCACGCCCAAGAUGAUCCAAUACACAGCAUCCAAGCACGCAGUCAUCGGCAUAACCAAGAACGCAGCACUUGAUAAUGCAGCUUAUGGCAUACGAGUCAAUAGUGUCUGUCCAUCCUGGGUUGAUACACCCAUGAUACGCAAAGCGAUGGAUGAUAUUCCUGGGCUUGGGAAAAUGAUUGAAGCAGCUGUGCCUCUCGGUCGCAUUGCUAUGGCUGAAGAAGUUGCAGAUGCUGUCAUGUUCUUUUGUAGCCCAAAAUCGAGUUACGCAACUGGCUGUAACUUCAUCCUUGAUGGUGGCACAACUCUGAGUAGCAACAUCUGA